UAACUAAUAUGUGUCUAAAGUACUCAAUGGCAGUAUUAAUAUCCACCGGAAUAGUAUUUCUUUCAACAUCAGCGAAAGCACAAACAAAUUUACCGAAGAAAGUUUCCUUGCCAGAAAACACAGAAACAGGAACAGAAAUUUUCAGAGUGGAAUUUGACGAAGGGGGCGAAGGUCGCAGUCCGUUGGAACUGUAUAGCAUGUUUCCAGCAGUUGCUUAUGACAUAUUUGAAUUUAAUGAGCAGAAUUACAGCAUAUUGAUAAAGAAUGGAAGUCUUUUGGACUUUGAAGGAAAAGAUAAAGCUUACGUAAUUCGCUUAGAGGAAAUUUUUGCAGAGGGGGAGGAGAUAAGCGAAGGAAAGCAACGUUUUGUAGUUCCUAUGAAACAAGAUCUGACAGUUCUUAUUGAAUUACAAGACGUAUUGGAAGGUUCCCAGUCUGUUGUUUCUUCUUCUGAUAAAGGUUGUUGUGAUGACGUCAGACAGAUUAUUUGGCUAACCCCAGUGGUCUCUUCUUUGGAAGUCAUUGUGAUUGUCAUAAGUAUUGUCAUCGUGAUGAUGUGUUUCUUUAAAAAGGAGAGGACCACAAGAGUCGAAGCAUUCAAUCCUGGAAAAUGACAAAAAUCUCUUUUUGAAUGAUGUACAUGCAUACUUAAAAAAAAAAGUUCCCUUUAACUUUUUUUUACUAUAAUUCUUUGAC